UCGAGUUCUGACUUCAACUAACUAUAAGAAUAAUUCUUUAUUUUUAGUAUAGCCUACUGUUUUGCAACUCCUAUAGAUGUCAAUGGAUAUAGGUGAUUGGUGGUUGUUUAAUUUGGAUUUAUUAAGUAAAAUUAAGAUGUAUAGCGCAAUUUUAUGUUGAGCACUCAAGACUGUAUGGUACCUGUCAUACGCGCUCUUCUUUAUUCAUAGCAAUUUCUCUAUUAAGAUUAAGAAGAAAAAAGAUCUUAUCACACAUUUACAUCGUUUCUUUGAUAUAAAGGGUGCUUGUGAUAGUAAUAAAAUGGGUUCAACUUUACAUAUCACUUUAUUAACCCUGUCCUUAAACAACGUUGUGCUGUCGGAAUUGUUCCACUCGGAGGAGACCAUACCCGUCAUAAACAGUGUGAAGACCAGCGAUCGGCUCUGGAAAAGGAGCGAGGAUCAACAUAGCUUCAGAUUGACAGCUUUCGGCCAGGACUUCACAUUGAAUUUGACUCCGGAUGACUCGUUUGUUGCUCCAAAGUUAACCAUUCAGCACAUACAAUCGAAACAUCUGGCUGCGCUUUUCAACGGAACCAGAUCAGGGCAUUUUACCGGUGGUAUCAUCAAGACAGAGGGGAAUGGGGACGAGCUUAAAGACUGCUUCUUCUCAGGGAAGGUGGACACCGACCAGGAAUCUGUUGUCGCGGUGAGCCUGUGCCACGGGAUGCAAGGGUUCUUCAUAGCGCAUGGGGAUGUGUAUCUAAUUCAACCCAAAGUUCUUGGCCAUGGUAAAACAGAGAGAUCAUUCUUGCAGGUGCACAUUAUAAAAAGGAGAGUUUUGACCGAAGUACAAAAUUUGUCCAAGACUUUCCAAGCUUUUGAUCAGGUGAAGGAUAAAAGCCGUCUGGCCAUAGAUGACGGCACUGCAUAUCCUGUUGAUGAUGCUGAGCUAGCGACGGGACGGAAGCGACGGUUUGUCUCCUCUCCAAGAUAUAUCGAGACGCUGGUCGUAGCUGACGCUUCGAUGACACAUUUCUAUGGAGACGAAAUAAAGCACUACCUACUGACUCUGAUGGCAGUGGCGGCGCAGGUCUACCGCCACCCCAGUCUGAAGAACGCAGUGAGCCUGGUGGUUGUGAAGAUGCUGGUGGUGGAAGACGAAGAUGUAGGGCCCCAGGUGUCCAGCAACGGAGGAAUGGCCCUCAGGAACUUCUGUAACUGGCAGCAGCUCUUCAACCCCUCCAGCCAGAGGCACCUGGAACACUACGAUACAGCCAUCUUAUUCACCAGACAGGACAUCUGUGGUCAGAGGAGCUGUGACACCCUGGGGGUGGCUGACGUGGGCACCAUGUGUGACCCCAAGAGAAGCUGCUCUGUAAUAGAGGAUAACGGUCUGCAGGCCGCCUACACCGUGACACACGAGCUAGGUCAUGUACUCAGCAUGCCUCAUGACGACUCUAAUAACUGUAUCAGAUGGUUCGGACACCUGGAUGGGCCACACAUGAUGGCGUCUGUGUUCUUUAGCCUCAACAAGGCUUUGCCAUGGUCGCCAUGUAGCGCCCGCUAUGUCACAGAGUUCUUCGACAAUGGAUAUGGUGACUGUCUGUUGGAUCCUCCAGAGCAGACUCUCCCUCUCCCUGUUGAUCCCCCUGGUGUCUCCUACAACCUGGACCGUCAGUGCCAGCAGGCCUUCGGGGAGGAGUACAGCCUGUGUCCGGACACCCCAGAGGACCAAACUUGCAGCCAGCUGUGGUGCCGGGAGGAGGGCCAGCCACACUGCACCACCCGGAACGGCAGCCUGCCCUGGGCUGAUGGCACGCUCUGCUGGGCUGGGGCCGGGGCUGGAGCUGGGACCAACACCACCUGUCAGGGAGGUGUCUGUGCUACAGUGACUGAUCAGCAGAAAAGAGAGGAGCCUGUGGACGGAGGUUGGGGUGUGUGGGGCCCCUGGGGGUCAUGCUCCAGGUCAUGUGGUGGAGGGGUGGAGUUUUCCCAGAGAGAAUGCACUGAUCCCAAGCCACAAAACGGAGGAGCAUACUGUGCGGGACAGAGAGCCAAGUACCAGACUUGUCACAUACAGGCCUGCCAAGAUGAGCAUGGUAAGAGCUUCAGAGAUGAGCAGUGUGAGAAGUACAACAGCGACCGAUACAUGGACAUCCAUGGGAACAUCAAGCAGUGGAUCCCCAAAUACAACGGUGUCUCACCCAGGGACAGGUGCAAACUGUUCUGCAGAGCAAGAGGCAGCAAUGAAUUCAAAGUCUUCGAGGCCAAGGUUGUUGAUGGCACCACCUGUGGCCCAGACACCACCUCCAUCUGUGUCCAGGGACAGUGCGUCAAAGCUGGCUGCGAUCAGGUGAUCGGCUCCAGUGUGAAGCUGGACAAAUGUGGCAUGUGUGGGGGUGAUGGAACAACCUGCAGGAAGAUCACUGGAUCGAUGAAUAAAGCCAUUUUCGGCUACAACGACAUUGUGACCAUUCCGGCCGGGGCCACCAACAUCGACAUCAAGCAAAAGAGCCACCGCGGGAUCAGACACGACGGCAACUACCUGGCCUUGAAGACAGAGGUUUCCUACAUCCUGAAUGGGAAUUUCUCUGUGUCCACAGCAGAGCAGGACAUCCCAGUCCUGGGCGCCGUACUCCGGUACAGUGGUUCCUCCACCACCCUGGAGAGGGUCUUGAGUUACCAGAAGCUCCGACAGGCAAUCACUGUCCAACUCCUGUCCACAGCCGGAGACGCCUCUACCCCUAGGGUCAAGUACAGCUUUUUCCUCCCCAGGGAUGUCCCCUUCACCAAGCCUGGAGCUGAGGGUAGAGCUUCGCUUCAUGCGAUUCUGCCACUAGGGGGCUCAGAGUGGGCUCUGGGGGAGUGGUCCGAGUGCUCCAAGAGCUGUGGUUCAGGUUGGUCAAGAAGGAACGUAGAGUGCCGGGACGGGGCAGGCACCCUGUCCUUCUCCUGUGAUGAGGACCUGCGGCCGGCAGACAUCCGGCCGUGUGGGGACCUGCCCUGCCCUGUCUGGCAGAUGGGUCCCUGGUCGGCAUGCUCGAGGACAUGUGGUGUGGGGGUGCGCCAUCGAAGCGUGCUGUGUAUUGACUACACCGGUAAGAUGGUGGAGCUAGGAAAAUGUAACCUCGCCAAGAGGCCAGAGGUGGUUUCUUCAGAGUGCAGCUACCAGGACUGCUGAGUCUGUGCUAAUAAAGCAGGAAGGGAAAGGGCAGUUGGUGGCAGUGGUGGGAUCCAAGGCCGAGGGAAGUAGUGUAGGAAGCUAGUUAGUUAGUCAACUAACCAAUGCACAACCCUUUCCCAACCACCACAACCCUGCUUCAGAGACAAGCAGGGAAGCUAGAAUAAUCAAGAGUUCACUAUAUCGGCCAGAACCAAAACUGGUUUGGCUUGGUUGUAGAAAUAUUUCACAUUUGAUAGAUUAACUUAAUUAUUUCAAUGUUUAUUUCCUUGAUGAUGUCAUAGCUUCAAAACGCCUAUUGACGGUUUGUUUUCCAACAGAGAUCUACCUCAAAGGAUGUAAAAAUAAUCAACUAUCACUUCUUAACCUAAAGUUUCUGUUUGCAUCUAGCUUAACACAUUAUCAAAGGUACAUCUUAACUUUCCACAAAUGCUGCUGAUAGUCCACUGGAGUGGUUGAAUACCACUGUCAUUCAUUUUUGUCGGGCCACAUGCCCCCCUUUUGAACACACAUGCCUUCAAAUCAAUUCAAAGUAUACUACCUAAUCAAAUCAAGAGACAUUCAAUAUUUUAGGGAAUAAAGAAAAACCUUUCAUAUGAAUAGAGAGACAAUACCUCAAAUCAAAUUUUAUUUCUCACAUGUGCUGAAUACAACAGGUGAAGGUAGACCUUAAAUGCUUACUUACAAG